AGCUUUAUAUAUAUAUAUAUAAUAGUAAUAUUAUAAUAAUACCCAUUUCUCUUCAGUUAGUUGCUGCAUAUAAAUAAACCAAAAACUAAGAAAAACAAAUAAAAGGAAGGAAAAAAUAAAAGAAUUUACAGAGAACAGAAAAAACAUGGAAAUAGAAGUUGGAAUAAGAGAAAAGAAACUCUUUCAUGUCUUUCAUAAAGUUCCUUCAGGUGAUGGCCCUUAUGUUCAAGCCAAGUAUGCUCAGCUAGUAAUGAAGGAUCCAGAAGGAUCAAUAAUAUGGUUUUGGAAAGCUAUAAAGAGAGGAGACAGAGUAGAUAGUGCACUAAAAGACAUGGCUGUGGUUAUGAAGCAAUUGGAUAGAAGUGAAGAAGCCAUUGAAGCUAUCAAAUCUUUUAGAUGGCUUUGCUCAAAACAAGCUCAAGAGUCCCUUGAUAAUGUCCUUCUCGACCUCUUCAAGAAAUGUGGAAAAGUAGACGAGCAAAUAGCACUGUUAAAGCAAAAGCUGAGACAAAUAUAUGAAGGGAAACUCUUCAAUGGUAGGCCUACUAAAACUGCUCGAUCUCAUGGAAAGAAGUUUCAAGUUACUAUUAGCCAAGAAACUGCAAGAGUUCUGGGUAAUUUGGGCUGGGCCUAUAUGCAAAAAGGAAAUUAUAUGGCAGCAGAAGUGGUGUUCAAGAAAGCCCAAAUGAUUUAUCCAGAGAGCAACAAGGCCUGCAAUCUGGCCCAUUGUUUGAUUAAGCAAGCCCGAUAUGAUGAAGCCCGUUAUAUUCUUGAAGAUGUUUGGAGUGAUAAAUAUUUGGGCUCUGAUGAUACAAGAACUAAAAAUCGAGUAGAGGAAUUAUUGUUAGAAUUGGACUCAAAGCAACCACCACACUUUUUGCAAAAUAUUCCGGGCCUUAAUUUAGAUGAUGAUUUUGUAAAUGGGCUUGAAGGUUUGAUUAAUGAAUGGGACCGGCCCAAAUCAAGAAGGCUACCAAUAUUUGAGGAAAUCUCUACAUUUAGAGAUCAAUUGGCAUGUUGAUUGAUUUCUAUCUUUUCUAUCUUGGACAUGAGGAUCAUUGUAAAUAUUUGUAGUCUGGUCGGGUUUAUGAUUUAGGGUUCAGGAUUUAGGUGUUAUUUAUUUAUAUUAGAUGUAUAAAAUAAGAUGCAUGUUAGAAUUAGAUCUUGGUACAGAGUUUGGGAAAUGAAUAUAUUUAGCUUGUGUUAGAA